AAUCAUCAAAUCCCCCAGCAGCGACUUCCCGUGGAUCUGGAAAGGCUGUGAUCCUCGAGAAGCCGCCGCUGGCGCGCAACCAGAGCAUUAGAGGUAGCGGAGGCGGCGGAGAGCAGUGCCGGAUCCGAAACCUGGACGAUGGACGGAGUUCGAGCCCCGCCCGUCCCGCUCGCCGUGGCGGUCCCUCCUCGUCGCCACCCCUCUCCUCGACUCGGCGGGACGAGGGGAGCAGGGGCAGCAGCCAGCCAUGCCUCGUCCGUCUCGCAUGGUGGCCCAAAUACGGCUUCCUCGUGCUCUGUCGGCGCCCGUCGACCUCGAUCCAGCUGGGGCAGGAGGAGCUCGAGCCGAGGAGCGUGGCCUCGAUCCGGAAUCGACGAAAGGAGGGGAGCAGCAGCCAUCACGCCUCGUCACAAAUCAUUCCCCGUCUCUUCUGUUUGCACCUCCCCCCAUCUUCUGGUGUUAGAAGCGGCCACAGGCUGCCGCCGGGGACACCUCUGCAUCAUCGUCGACGGAAUGAAGGGAGCAACGGCCACAACCGCCUGCUGCAGCGGUGCUGAGCGGCUGCGGACCUACAGCGAAACGGUGCUGGAUCCAUAUGUACUCCUCUGCCAGUCUUCUUCACGCCGCAAUUUACUCCUCCUUGCUGCACCUGAUCGGUCUUUUGGUUGCAUUGGUUAGAGCAUGCACUUUCGCAUGGUAUCGGAGUCAAGAGGUCUUGAGUUCAAGACCCGGCUGGCACAAUUAAAUUGCAGCCCACUUUCGCUCCACCUUUAGACCUAAGGGAGCCACACGUGAGGGAGAGUAUUGACGUAUAAUGUGUUGUCUAGUCUCUUUCAUAAGAUCGGUCUUUUGGUUGCAUUGGCUAGAGCAUGCACUUCUACAAUUCCUUCUUCCAGAUCUCUCUCUCUCACUCUGAUUGAUUUGCUAACAAAAUGUUUGUUGGAUUGUUUGAAUAUAUUGUUUUUCCAUAUAGAUGGAAAGUGUAUUCAAUACGUGUGAUUACUUGGCUGUGGUGGAUGUUUUAGCAUUUUCACUAAUUUUCGUGUGCCAAUAAUUUGCCAGAUUAGCUUGAUGAAUUAAUUGAUUUUUUGUGACACGUGUACCAAUUAGUAACCUGCAGUAUAAGGAAAACAGAGUAUAUUUGGUCAUCUUCCCCACAUGGAGAAACUAUAUUGUUUACUUAUCUUUUGCUCUGUCAAAAUUAAGCUUUGGCCUUUGACUAUGUAAAUGACUAUGUCCACUUUUAAUUGACGUGUUGUGACGCCCGGAUAAUUUGGUUAAAGUAAUCCCACGUUAACAAUGCCACACCACCUCGGUUACUGUUAAUAAUCUCGCGUUAGUUCGAAACGAUUCAAAUUUAAAUGAUGAAUUUAAGUUAAAAUAAUUAAAGUUUUCAAAAGUCAACACUAAACCGUUCCUAAUGUGUCAAAUAAUCCAUAGUAAAUGAUGGUGAAUAAAUUAUCUUUUAAUAAAAUAUUUAAAUGCACUAAAGUAAUAGAAAUGACAGCAAAAACAAUUAAUUAAAUGCCUUUUUCAAGUUAUAAUAAUAGACCUAAAUUAGUAGCGUGCCAAAAUAAUUGUGGCAGUGGACUGAUUAGUAAUACUAAUUUAGGUGCUCACUGGGUAUUUUAUAAAACUAAAAUAAAAGAAAUUAUAAAUGAAAACAGAAAAUAAUAAAUAAAAGAAAAGGAAAAACAAGACAAACAAAAGGAGAACAACAACCCCCCCUCCCAGGUCCAACCGGCCCAGCACGCCACUGACCCAACUGGGAAUCCAACCUACCAGCCCGUAGGCCCAGCCGCCCCCAUCGCACCCUUAUCCCCAUUGGCAACCGGAACCCUAGCGGUUCGCUCACCACUCGUCCUUCCCCCCCGCAUGAUCCACUCGCUCUCUCCCCCCACUCCCCCAAUCCAGAUCGGGAUCGGGGCGACCAGGUCCCCGCCCCCGACGACCCUGCCGACUGGAUCGAGCGCGCCUUUCGCCGCCGCCUGGAGAGCCACCUCGCCGGAGCCUCUCCGCCUUGACCACAUCGUCACCGUCGCUAGUCCCCAUCCUUCCCCUCGCCAGACUGCUCGUCCUCGCCUCCCCCUCGACGGCUCUACCGAGCCUCGCCACUGAACCCCUGCAACGUGGGGUGAGGACCCCGAACCCCCUCCCGCGUUUCCUUCUGCUCGCUUCCGCCUCUAGCUGCCGUUGUUGCCACUGCUGCUUAGCCGCGCCCGUCGUUCACCGCCAUUGCCGGACUGCCCCACUGCUGCCGCCUUGGCCGCCCCUUGCCUCGCCGAUGCGCCCGGCCGCGCUGUGGUUGCGCCCGUGGCCACGCCUGGUUCUGCCAGGGCCAUGCCUCGCCACGCCGGGUCGCGCACCGCCCACGGUCGCCGCGCCCUCACUCCUCCUGCCCACGCCCACGCGCAAGCACCACCCUGGCCGCUGGCCUCGCCCCGCAGCACUCCCUGCCGGCGAGCGCGCGCCCAGGCGCCCGUUGCCCGCAACCAUGCCCCGCGGGCUGGCGCCCGCGCCCGUUUCUCCCGACCCGUUAAGGCCCCCUAGGCCAAUGACAGGGGGGCCCCGCCCCAGAACGUUUUUCUUAAAAAAAAGAGAGAAAAAAAUGUUAGAAUGAAUAAAUUAAUUAUUAAUUAAUUAAUUAAUGAGUUAAUUAAGUUAAUUAAUCCUGUUUAACUAAUCUAAUUAAAAUAAAUUAGCCUAAUCACUUAGUUAGUCUAAUUAACCCAGUUUAGAUAACCUGAGACUAUGACAUGCAGGACCCUCACGUCAGUUUGACCAGUCAACACCUCUGUUGACUGUUGAUGUCAUGCUGACAUCAUGCUGAUGCAGUAAUGCUAAUUUCGAAUUAAUUUAGUAAUAAUAAUUUAGAAAAUGAUUUAAAACUUUAAAAAUUAAUAUAAAAUAAUCCGUAACUCGGAUGAAAAUACUUUGUACAUGAAAGUUGCUCAGAACGACGAGACGAAUCCGGAUACAUAGCCCGUUCAUC